UUCAAGAGCGUGAACAUGACCGAGUGCGUGCCCGUGCCCAGCUCCGAGCACGUCGCCGAGAUCGUGGGCCGGCAAGGCUGCAAAAUCAAAGCCCUGCGUGCCAAGACCAACACGUACAUCAAGACGCCGGUGCGGGGCGAGGAGCCCGUGUUCAUCGUCACGGGCAGGAAGGAGGACGUGGAGAUGGCCAAGCGCGAGAUCCUCUCGGCCGCCGAGCACUUCUCCAUGAUCCGGGCCACGCGCAACAAAGUCAACGGGCUGGCGGGAGCGCUGCAGGGGCCGCCCAACCUGCCGGGGCAGACCACCAUCCAGGUGAGGGUGCCCUACCGCGUGGUGGGGCUGGUGGUGGGCCCCAAGGGCGCCACCAUCAAGCGCAUCCAGCAGCAGACGCACACGUACAUCGUGACGCCGAGCCGCGACAAGGAGCCCGUGUUCGAGGUGACGGGCAUGCCCGAGAACGUGGACCGGGCGCGCGAGGAGAUCGAGGCGCACAUCACCAUGAGGACGGGCUCCUUCGUCGACGUCAACGCCGACAACGACUUCCACUCCAACGGCACCGACGUCUGCCUGGAGCUGCAGGGCGGCGCGGCCGCGCCCUGGGCCAAGGCCCCGCACGCCGCCCGGCGCCCCUCGGCCGCGCCGCGCAACGACAGCCUCAGCUCGCUGGGCAGCGGCUCCGCCGAGUCCUUCUACGGCGGGGGGGUUAGCGGCAAUUACCGGCCAUAA